AUGCCACCCUGCCUCGGGGGGAGCGCAGCAGGCAGACGGGCUGGGCAGGCAGGCAGGAGCCCACAGCAGAGCCCCCUGAGCGGCUGGCCUAGUGUGCACCCCAUGGUCAUGCUGCUCCUCCUGCACCUGCUGCCUGCCAUGCUGCCCACCGCCGUCCUGGCCAGCUGCACUGGGGCUGGUGCUGACCGGCAGCUCAUCCUGGCCAAGGUGCGGGCACGGGUGCUGGAGCAUCUGAGCCCCCCACUUCUCCAGGAGGAGCCCCAGAAAGAUGCAAGGAGGGUGCAUCGGAGAGACAUCCUUGAAAAUGCUGAAGUAGAGCCUGAGGAGCUGGAGGACACUUCCCAGGUGAUCCUCUUCCCUUCCACAGAUGUGCCCUGUGAGCCCACACAGUCAGACAAGCUGCUGGAGGAAGAAGGGAUUUUCACCUACCUCUUCCAGCCCUCAGCGCACACCCUGAGCCGCGUGGUGACCUCUGCCCAGCUCUGGUUUUACACCGGACCCUCGGCUGCCCCCAACCACUCGGCCCCUGAUGUGCUGACCCUGUCACCACAGGGCCGUGUCCCAGUGACGGCCACAGCGGUGCAGACACCUGAGCACUGGACAGUGUUUCACUUCGCCCCGGCGCUGCUGCCCCAGCUCUCGCAGCCACUCUUUGUGCUCCUGGUCCGCUGCCCCGGCUGCCCCUGCCUAGCCGAGGGGGACAAGAUGCCCUUCUUGGUGGCCGCCACCCGGGCCAAGGGCAGUGAGAGGGCCCGCCGCUCCACCGUGCCCUGGUCCCCGGCCGCCCUGAGCCUGCUUCAGCGCCCAUCCGAGGACCUGGCUGCUCACACCAACUGCCGCCGGGCUUCCCUCAACAUCUCCUUCGAGGAGCUGGGCUGGGACAAGUGGAUCGUGCAUCCUAGCAGCUUCGUUUUCCACUACUGCCAUGGGAGCUGCGCUGAGGGCCAUGGGCUGAGCCACCGCCUAGGCGUGCAGCUGUGCUGCGCUGCCCUGCCUGGCACCAUGCGCUCCCUGCGAGUCCGCACCACCUCUGACGGCGGGUACUCCUUCAAGUAUGAGACGGUGCCCAACAUCCUGGCCCAGGACUGCACCUGUGUCUAGGGCAUCCCGCAGCCCACCCCUGGACUGUGAUCCCACCCAAGAGGAGUUGCUUGCCCAGGGGACCCCUGGCCCCAUGCUGCAGGGACCAGAGGAACCCAGUGAAGGGGUCUGGGCUGUGCCACCCUCCCCUGCACAAGCCAGGGUUUUGGGCUGCCCCAGGUAUGGUCACACUACCAGACCUGCCCUAGGGCUGAUUCCAGCCCAGAGCAAGCCAGAGCAGGGCAGGGACAGGCACAGCCUCUGGCAGAGGCACCAACCCCCUGCCAAAGCCAGCCUGCUGUCUGCAACCAGCUCAGCCCCCAUUUCUCCCCACCUGCUCCCCUCCCCCAAGCCUCCCCCCCCCCCCCCCCCCCCCCAAAAUAGGGUGGGAUCCCACUCCUGCUGCAGAGUGCAACAGCCUCCCCAUGCUCCCAGGCAGGGCUAGGCUUCUGCAGCAGGUAUCUGGAUGUGCCAGGACCUUGCACUGGUGGCAGGGCUGGCAGCACACAUAGCGCUGCAAGCGAGCCCUCUCCCGGCGGCACAGCCUGUUGGAAAGCUUAACGGGAUGAGUGAA